CCUACGCGGGGCCUCACGCUCCCGCUCUGCUUGGGUGGCGGACCCCUUUCCCGGAGCCGCACGGGCUGGAGCUGGGCUGUUGAGAGCCCAGGCGCGAAGUGGAAUCUAAGAGUCUGAGUCUCAGAAGUUCCGAAGGAGCACCGAAUGCCCAGCGGUCAGCCAUUGGCUCGGACCCCGGAAUACCCGCUGUCACAGUUCCGGGCGACACUGUCUCCUCCCCUGUCCGUGGGCACUUGGCUGUGUGUGGGGAAGGGGUUGGACACGGUGUCAGAGGCCAGGCUUUGGGCCCCUCGCCCCCAUGGAGGUCUCUGGAGCCCUGGGUUGUCUGGAAGAGCAAGGUACUGUGCAGGUCACCAGAAAGGUGCGCUCCACGCACCUGCGCAGGGCCACCUCCGUGUCAGGGCGUCCAAGAACCCGCAGGGGCCAGGCAUGGGCUCUGGGGUAUCCAGCCUAGUCCAGGCCCUGGAGGCUUCGACGUUGGGGUGCAGACCCUUCUCUGCUGGGUGUCAGGCUGCUCUAACCACGGAGCAUCUAAAAUGGGGAUUGUCGGGGUACCUUCUUUCUGGCCCAGCGUGGGACGGGAGCUGAGUUUGUAUUGCACCCAGCGCAGUGCCACCCUGCAGUUAGCCCGCAGCACGUGUUCGCUGUGGCCAGGACGCGGAUGUUUCGCACAGUGCCCUGUGUUUUUCUGGCUCCCACCUCCUCUGAGUGGGUUGGGUGCACGUUCAGGUUGUCCAGAACUGUCCUGGUUCAUGCCUGGUGAUCAGCAGCAUCUCUUUCACUCAGAAGUGCCGGUUUGACAGUACAUUCUUUCUAAGAUCGCCCUGUCUGUCCUCUUACUGGGUAAGAGGCCACGCAGGUCUUUUUUGAGGUGGUGGCCUGACAUGGCUGUGCUUGGAUCCCUGUCAAGCAGGAGGGCUUGGGGAGCACCCCUGGGAGCCACAGUGACUCAGAUGAGAACACUGAGGCCCCGAGAGGGAAGGGACUUGCCCAGCAGGGAUGGGCAAACUUCCACUGCAGAGUGGUGCUGGACUCGGCCGUGUGCCCAGCAUGUAGCCCACCAAGGUCUACGGGAUGCAGUGGGGGUGCGGCGGGUGGUUCUCCUGCUGGGACGCAGUGGGGGUACAGUGUGUGGUUCUCCGGGCUGAUGGCCGCAGGCAGAGGUGACUCUGUGGCAAACUAUGUUUGGGGAUGGGCCAGGGGCCCAGUAGCCAGUGAUACUGGUGAAAUAGAUUGGGGCCAGACCUGAGAGCUUGAUGUAGUACAGGGGUCCCUGUGGGAAGUGAGGGGAGUGGUUGUCGGGAAGAUCAUGCUGGCAGUGUGUGUGGGGACGAGGAGGCUGUCCCUCUAUGGGGGUCCUCACACAAGUACCCUGGGAAUGGGGAGAAGUAGCAAGAGCGCCUUGGUGGCGGCUGUGGGCCGAGGGGGGACCUAGAUGUCCGACUCUGAGACACCAGGGACUGUGAGCGCCUCCAGUGGGGUUGCGCUCGGAUGGGAAGACGGAUGGGAGGGAGACGCAGUCAGACUGGCACGUGCUGGCCCAGCGCAGCCCAGCCCCACGCAGCUAGGGCGAGGGAAGUCUCAUAGGGUUGGCGGCCUGCCGUGGACGCGAAGGCGUCCCUAGCUCACGGGCUGAAGUGGCUGUGUCCAGUAAUCCUUGUGAGGGAGAGCGGGAAAGACGGGGAGGGAGAGGGUGUGGAAAGGGGACACGUCCCUGCCUGCCCCCGUCCCUGGUGUGGCCCAGGCAGGGUGAAGGCCAGGUAGAUGCUGGACACGGUGUGCAGCCUGCCCGCUCCCUGGCCCCACACCUCUCCCAUCACCUUUGCCUCCGCUGCUGAGCAGCUGGUCUCUGUCCUGCCAGACUUCAGUCUCUGGCCACUCCAGGGCCCUCAGGGGCUUUUUCAGAGUCCCUGGGGCUUCCCAGGCCUGUGUCGUUCUCCCCAGCCCCCUUCACCUGCGCCUCCACGCCCUCCUGUUUGGCGGCCCAGCUCAGCGCUUUGCCCUCAUAGAAAACACAGUCAGGUUUCCUGCACUCAGCCAGACAUGCACCGCCGUGGGCCCUCGCCCGGCGCCACGUGCCGUGGACUAGUCUGGGCUGAGUCCCACCUCCCCGCGCUCCACUGAGACCGCUGUUGCUAAAGUCAGUGGGGAUGAUGUCAUGCUGGUCCAGAGGUCACCUUGGUCCAGGUCUCAGCUGCUCCCCCCACGCACUACAUUGACUGUCACAGGGUGUGCACAUCCGUUUGAUUUUUAAUGGAAUGCCCUUUGGGUCAGAAUUGGGCCCAGCUCCUUGGAGGAACCUCAGGAAGUGAUGAGGAAGCCAAGGGGAUCCGGUGGAGUGUGAGGACCAGACGCCCCAGCGAUGACCAGUUCCCCUGUCUCCAGAGUCGUCUACAACGGCAAGAGGAACAGUAGCCCCCGCUCUCCCCCCAACAGCAGCGAGAUCUUCACCCCGGCCCACGAGGAGAAUGUGCGCUUCAUAUAUGAAGCCUGGCAGGGCGUGGAGCGGGACCUUCGGAGCCAGAUUUCAGGCAGUGAGAGGGGCCUGGUGGAGGAGUAUGUGGAGAAGGUCCCUAACCCCAGCCUGAAGACCUUCAAGCCCAUUGACCUGAGUGACCUGAAACGCCGGAGCACGCAGGAUGCCAAGAAGUCCUAGAGCGCCUGCGGGCUGGCCUCUGGGAGACACGGUGCGCCUGAUGCUGGGCGGCUCUCCUGGGGCCCAGCUCCUGGGGGCCAGGGCCGGCUGCCAGGGCGGCCAACCCCAGGACCAGGACAGCGUGACUGAUGGCUGAGGCCUGCUGCCCCUUCUCCCCAGGCCCCUUCCCUCUUGGCAGGCUCAGCUGCCAGUCACUGGGAGGGCCUGGGCCCUGCCAGCCCCUGGGCUCUCCUGGGCCUAGCCGCUAGGUUCCUGGAGCCCCUGGUCUGCCUGCCCCCUGGGCCUAGCUGCUAGGUGCCGGAGACCCUGGCCCGCCUGCCCCCUGGGCCUCCUAGCCGCUAGGUGCUGGAGCCCCUGGCCCGCCUGCCCCCUGGGCCUAGCCGCUAGGUGCCUGGAGCCCCUGGCCCGCCUGCCCCCUGGGCCUAGCUGCUAGGUGCUGGAGCCCCUGGCCCGCCUGCCCCCUGGGCCUAGCCGCUAGGUGCCUGGAGCCCCUGGCCCGCCUGCCCCCUGGACCUCCUAGCCGCUAGGUGUCCGGAGCCCCUGGCCCGCCUGUCCCCUGGGCCUAGCCGCUAGGUGUCCGGAGCCCCUGGCCCGCCUGCCCAGGGGCCUGGAUCCUGACUCCCCUCCCUUUCUGCCCCACUGCCCCAGCCCAGACCUGUGGCUGCUUCCAGGAUCAGGACAGAGACCAGAGGCCCUCUAGUCUCCUGGCCUGUGGGACUAGUCCAGGGUUGUCCCUGAGGUGCCAGAAGACAGGACGAGGGCAGCUCCGCCCUCACCCUUCAUGGAUCUGCCAUGUUGCUGUUUCUCUGGCCUGGACACGGGAAGUGAAGAAUCCCACCCACACUGUCCAGACUGGCCCCUCCCUCCUGCGCUAGCCCCAGGAGGGCACCAGCCCCCCAGGCCUGGGUACCACUGGUGCCCUCAUAGGGCCCUGGGCCUGGUGUCUGCAGCCCUGUGGCCACAGCAGCCCCUUGAGCAGGGGUGUGAGGUUGCCUGGUGGUCCUGUCUCUGUUCUGGGAGGGUCCCGUCUCUGUUCAGGGCCCUUUCCCUGUGACUGCAGCCUGGGACCAGUGAAUAAAGGCGGGCGACGCGGGGUGGGCCUCCUGGUGGUCUGUCCCUGCAGCCAAGA